AUGUCGAGGGUCGUCAAAGCUUUUCGGGAGUUCCUCGUUGCGGAGAAGACUUUUCGGAAGAUUUUUGCCAAACAAACGCCCGGUAAUCGCAUUGCACCCCCAAGGACCAACGCAAUGGAUGCCAAACUCCAACUCCGGCUUGAUGCCGGAGAGGUCGUGAACGGCAAAAAGGCGAUUUAUCUUCAGGUCAAUUCGCAGGCCAAGAACGAAGCAUUGAAAAAGUUCAAAAAGAAGUAUGGAACUGAUGCAAACCUGGCUACCGCAUUCAUCGAUGAAGAUACGCCAGAAGAGAAGCAGGAAGAGGUCUUCGAGGAGAUGUGGCAGCAUCUCGAGCCUCAGAUCAGGGAGAGACUUGGUUGA